AUGAUACAGCUUGAAGAAAGGGACAUGCCCGUAAUACCGGGCACCAGACUUGACGAGACCGAAACCCAGGAAUUGCAGUACAUCGUUGCAGAAAUCCUCAACCGUCGUAAGAUACAAUUUCCAGGAUCCCAGCCAGUGUCUUUUGAACGAAGGCAUCUAGAAGAAGCACUAAUGACCAAGGACUAUUUUGUGUGUGAAAAAACCGAUGGAUUGAGAUGUUUGUUGCUCUUGUUGUUUGACCCGCAAAAGGGUGAGGGGGUUUUCUUGAUCACGAGAGAAAACCACUAUUACUACAUUCCCAACAUUCAUUUCCCAUUGGAUGUACAUGAAACGGCUGAACGAAGAACAUACCACCAUGGUUCGUUGUUGGAUGGGGAAUUAGUACUAGAAAAUAAGAAUAUAAGUGAGCCAGUGUUGCGAUAUGUCAUAUUCGAUGCCCUUGCCAUAAAUGGGAAGUCCAUAGUUGACCGUCCUUUACCAAAGAGAUUAGGUUACAUCACGGAAAAUAUCAUGAAACCUUUUGACAAUUUUAAAAGAAACAACCCGGAAAUAGUAAAUUCGCCCGAUUUCCCAUUUAAAGUCGGAUUCAAGACGAUGUUGACGGCAUACCACGCCGAUGACGUCUUGAGCAAAUUGGGGCAAUUGUUCCAUGCAUCCGAUGGGUUGAUUUAUACCUGUGCCGAAACACCCUAUGUGUUUGGAACCGAUCAAACGUUAUUGAAGUGGAAACCCGCGGAGGAAAACACUAUUGACUUUCAGAUUGAGUUUGUGUUUAACACCGUGCAGGACCCAGAUAUGGAUGAACGUGAUCCCUCGUCGACGUAUACUGACUACGAUUCCAAGCCUAAUACAAUCAAAUUGAAAGUGUGGGAAGGCGGCAAGAACCAUGUUGAUUUCGCUCAUUUGGAUCUUGCCGAUGAAGACUGGGAAAGAUUGAAAGCAUUAGAACAGCCAUUGCAAGGGAGAAUUGUAGAGUGCCGUCAAUCCUCUAGCAAAAAAGGAUAUUGGGAGAUGUUAAGAUUCAGAAAUGACAAGAGUAACGGGAAUCAUAUAACUGUAGUAGAGAAGAUUUUACAGUCCAUCAAGGACGGGGUCAAAGAAAGUGAGAUCAACGAAUCAUGUCCCAAGAUACAAAAGGCGUGGAAGAAACGAGAAUAUGAACGAAGAAAUAGACAUCGCCUUCCUCCACAUGAACAACAACAGCAACAGCAACAUCAUCAUUAUCAUCAUCAACAGCAGCAGCAGCAGCAGCAUGCCACAGCUCCUGCUUCACAACAACAGAUCCGUCCACGGGAACCAGAACCGGAACUAGAACGUCCUGCCAAGAAACAACAAGUGGAAGAACAACCGGCCAAUGGUAAACCUGAACAACCCAUGUUGGAUGAUAUUCCCACUUAUGAAGAUAGUGAUGAUGAUGAAUAG